AUGGGUGACAUUCUUCUCGAGAAUCCCAUCCACACGAUUCCGCCUCACAAGAAGCAGCCAAUCUCAGAUUCCAUCCCAGAUAUUGAUUCGCUAGAAGGCGCCGGGGCCGACAGUGGAGAUGAAUAUUCUACAUUGAAGAGAUUACAGAGACAUCUUGAGUACAUCAAACUACAAGAAGAAUACAUCAAAGAUGAACAACGAUCACUCAAACGUGAACUUGUCCGAGCACAGGAGGAGAUCAAAAGAAUACAAAGUGUACCACUCGUCAUCGGCCAGUUUAUGGAGGCCAUCGAUCAGAAUACCGGCAUAGUCCAAUCCUCGACUGGCUCCAACUAUGUUGUGCGAAUCCUAUCCACACUGGACCGCGAAAAACUGAAACCCUCAUCGUCCGUUGCACUCCACCGCCACUCCAAUUCCCUCGUCGACAUUCUUCCUCCCGAAGCCGAUUCGUCCAUUGCAAUGCUAGGAGCCGAUGAAAAGCCCGAUGUCACCUAUGCCGAUGUUGGUGGGUUGGACAUGCAAAAGCAGGAGAUUCGAGAGGCAGUGGAGCUUCCACUGACGCAUUUCGACCUGUACAAGCAAAUCGGCAUCGACCCACCGCGAGGUGUGCUUCUCUACGGACCACCGGGUACGGGAAAGACCAUGCUGGUCAAAGCAGUCGCCAACAGCACGACGGCUAGCUUUAUUCGAGUGGUUGGCUCGGAGUUUGUUCAGAAGUACCUGGGUGAAGGUCCGCGAAUGGUGCGAGAUGUGUUCCGGAUGGCGCGGGAGAAUUCACCUGCUAUCAUCUUUAUCGAUGAGAUUGAUGCGAUUGCAACCAAGCGAUUCGAUGCACAGACUGGAGCCGACCGAGAAGUUCAGCGCAUUCUGUUGGAAUUGCUGAACCAAAUGGAUGGAUUCGACCAGACCAGCAACGUCAAGGUGAUCAUGGCAACGAACCGAGCAGAUACGCUGGAUCCGGCCCUUCUCCGACCCGGUCGUCUGGAUAGAAAGAUCGAGUUCCCCUCAUUGAGAGACCGACGAGAACGACGACUGAUCUUCUCGACCAUUGCCAGCAAAAUGUCACUGUCUCCCGAAGUGGAUUUGGACUCACUGAUUGUCAGAAAUGAUCCAUUGUCGGGCGCAAUCAUUGCAGCCAUUAUGCAAGAGGCUGGUUUGAGAGCUGUUCGCAAGAACCGCUAUAACAUCAUCCAAGCCGACUUGGAGGACGCAUAUUCCAGCCAGGUCAAAGGCGCACAAGAAGCCGACAAGUUUGAUUUCUACAAAUAG